AUGAUGUUUUAUCCUUUAUUUAAAGAUGGGGAGUAUAAAGGGUCUGAAACUAUAACUUUUGAUUAUCUUGAUGACAGUAAUGUUACUCAAUCUAAAAUUGACCAAUUGAAUAAUCAGGGAAUAGGUCAUUAUAUUAAAGCUCCUCGUGGUGGUAUGAUUCAUGUUGGUGUAACUCCUGAUCGUUACCUUAUUGAUGAUGCAUUAGAUUUGAUUGUUGAUUAA